AUGGCUGAGCCAGAAAAAGACCCUCCAAUUAUUGAAGAGAUUGAUUCUGAAGAUGAAGAAGAUCCAGGAGACCAUUCGACCAAUGAGUACACCGUAGAAGACAUCGAUGAAAAUUUCAAAGAUGAGGACAGCCUUUCAGAAUCCCUUUCUUCUCGUUCGUCCACGCCAAACUCAGAUUAUUCCUUAGCAGAGGAUGAUUCCUUGGAAGAAGAUGAAGGAACCAAUCAGAAUCCAGUAAAAUCAAACCAAAAGAAGAAGCUGUCCAAUAAGAAUCAGCCAAAUGUAAACCAAGAAGAUUCAGUAGCCAAUCAGAAUCCAGUAGAAGCAGACCUGGAAGAUGUUGAUUAUUCUGAUGACUUUUCAGACGAAGAUUCUUUAGAAAUGGAAGCCAAUCCAGUUGAUUCUUUGGAAUUUGAAAAAGACACAGACCUUGACCAAGUUCAAAUAAAUUUAGACUCUGAUGCUGACACUGAGGAAAAACCUACCCAAGAUGAAGACAUCCAUUCCACUGUUGAAUCACCUAUACCAGAAGAGCUCUAUCCAAUUCAAGAUGAUGAUUCACAAGAUUCUGAUGAGCUUACUGAAGAUUCAGAGGAUGACCGUCCAUUGACAGCUAGGAGAGUAAGCAGCCAAGAUAAUGAUUUAUCCACAGAAUUCUCCAAAGAUACAGCUUCAGCAAAUUCCAAAGAUCUACCAGAAUCAAAUGAAUCCAAUGCUGGCAAUGACUGGACUGAUCGAAAUGAAGACCUGCCGGAAACGUUCUUCAUUCAGGGUACCUCAGUAGAUUCUCAAGCACAAUCUGACCCCAAUGCUGACGAUAUUUUUGAAGUAUCUGAUGAAUUCAGCGAUGAUGACAGCCCAUCAUUGACGGCAAGAAAUCUUCUGGAAGUUCCUCAAACAGAGGAAGUCCAGAAUCCAAUUGCAGCUGAUGAUUUGAGGGUCUCUGAUGCAUUCAGUGAAGAAGACAACCCUCCCUUGACAGCUGGAAAUCUUAAGGUUCCUCAAACAGUCUUAAGUGGCAAUGAAAGUCAACCAUCUACUUCAAUUAAUCUGUUAGAAGCACCAGUGUCUGAAUAUGCAAUAGAAACUAAUACUCGUAACACUACCAAGGUGUCUGAUGAAUUUGAAGAUGACGAUGCGCAAUUGACAGAAAGAAACCUACUGGAAGCACCAGACACAGAAAAUCUUAUGGAGUUCAAUGCUAAUGGAUCAUUUGGAGAUAAAUCUAUGAUAGCUAGAAAUUUGGACGAAGACAUUCAAGCAAAUGACAAAGAUCAAUCAGAUUUUUCAGAUGAGCUGAGUGACUCUGAGGAUGCUUUAGCAGUCACAAUAAAAGAAAACAUAAGAGUUGGUACUGAGGAACCCAGUCCUAUCAUCCAAGUGGUUCAGCUUCAGAAACCAUUGUUAGACUUCGUCCAAUUUGUAGAACCAGAAGAAGAAGACGCAUCUGAAGAUGUCUACAAGGAUGAUGGAAGUUAUCCAUGGGUGUCAUCACCUUCCAAAGACUAUGUACAUUCACCCAAUGCAAACAAUGUAAAUAAAACAAGACAUCCAUCUACGGCAGCAACAAAAGACAUGUAUUCUAUGCACAAUGUUGAAACAACUCAUCCACAGACAUCAUCAAGGAUUGACGACUUUGUAGCUCCCAUAAGAGCUCAAGGAACUCAAAACCUGAUUGAUUUUGAUGAUGAUGAAACAGACAAUGCCAGCAACAGAAGAUCAAGCUUCCAGCAGCAGUUUGGAGAGGAACUUGUUGGAGAUGCAAAGGAUCUUGUUGGACAGUAUCAGCAACAGCUUGAAGACGCUUUAGAGUCUGAAGAAGCAGCAGAACAAGCAAAUCAGGAUUGGAGAGACUCUGAAUUUACUGACAAUCUUAUGGAGCCUAGAGAACAUGAAGGACAUAACAUGAAAGACUUACAAAACAUUGACGUGGACACUUUUGUGGAGCCUAUAACAUACACAGAUACAAAAGACUCUCAAAAGACCAAUGAAGAAUAUGAACUGGAUUUGAAAGACCCUCAAAACUUUGAUGUUGAUGUUUUUGAGAACACUCAAGAACAAUCAGAAGGAAUACUGAAAGGUUCCCAAAGUUUUGAUGAUGACUUGCCUAUGGCGCUUUCAGAACAAAAGGAACAUGGUGCAAUAGAUUCUGAAAGCAUUCUGGCUCACGCUCUCAUUGUUCCUACAGAACAACUAGAUCCAUACUCACAAGAUGCCCAAGGCAUUGAUGAAGACACUCUCAUGGAAGGAGGAGAAUCACAAUUCUCACAAGAGUCCAAAAUCAUUGAUGUUGAUUCUCUUAUGGAACAGGAAGAUCUAAUUAAAGAUGCCAAUGACGAUACUGAAGAAUCCAUGGACAGUAGUCAGGAAACUCAAAGACGACGCCAUUUUUCUACCAAAAGUCACAAUGAUGAAGCAGAUUUGAAUGAGGAAGAUGGCAUCAGCAGUGAUAGUGAUGCAGGUCGAAGACUAUCAGACGACAGUUUUGGUGCCUAUGAUGAUUCCAGCACAGGGAGUUGCUAUAGUGAUGAAAAUGUUGCUAUCACCACCAAAAUGAGUCCUGCAGAAAUUGUUUCUAAAUAUAGUAACGAGUACUCAACAUACUACGAGUCCAGUGAAGAUGAUGAUGCUCCAUCAAGCAUUGUUAGCGAUGUUUUGGAAAAUGUGUCAUCAGGAAGAUCAGUGACGAUUACGUCCAAAAAUCAUGCAUCAAAUACUAAAUCUGGAUCCUGCAGUGAAACUUCUCAACAGACUGGUAAUGGGCUACAUUUUGACUAUUCUGAAAAAAACCCUUUCACUGAAGUUCCAGACCUAUUGAUAGAUAAUGGCAGUAAUUUUGAUCCUGAAGAUCAUUCUAGUUUGACAGAAGAUGGAAUACCAGACCUGGAGGACAAUAAUAACAUAGACUACUUACAAAUUCCCGAUACAAGAAUCAGCCACAAUGGCACCAUUCCAUCUCAGUACCAGAAUUUGAAAACUGUUGUUCCUUUCGAGACGUCUGCUAAUAUUUCUGGACAUAUUACGAAGGUAAAUAAUUGGACAUACCCAACCAAAGGAAAUGUGCAAUUUAAAAAUGAAUAUCCUUUACGAACCGACAAUUUUGACGAUAAUGACCAUCAGCGGAAAAAAUUUCAGUUUAAAAUUGAUAAUCACAGUGAUCGAAUUCCAACUCCUAUUCCAACUCUGGAAGAAACAGAUCAGAAUUUUCCAACCAUACCUCGAAAAUCGGAAUUGCAGGAACAACUGAACUUUAAUUACAACAAAAACAGAGUUUCAAAUAUUGACAAAAAUCUGGAAAAAGGGUCAAUGCCAACUUCGACAGUGUUGACCAUAGCUACCACUUUAACUGAGCCUGUUUCUGAGAAGGAGGACUGCUUAUACAGUAAACCAAAUAUCUAUUACAACUACCAAAGACCAGCUUCACGAAGUCCAUCAGGUCUGGUGUCAUCAUACCAUCAAUUUUAUCCACACCAUAAAGACUCAGUUUCACAGCAUUACAGUUCGUCAAGUACACAGGUAAAUAUAGAUUUAUUCAAUAAGAGAAGCAGCCCCUGCCCCACCCCUUCCCAGCCUAAAAUAUGCCAAAACACACACCCAACUUUCACACCCAGCUUUCAUAAAAACGAAUUCUGA